GGAUGGGGUGGUGGCAUGGCUGUGGCUGCUGUGAUUCAAACUUGUUCCAAAAUGAUCACAGGCAGCAGCAGCCGAAGUGGUGGACAGGUCGCACUAUGGCGUAGUCACCACUCUGACACACAUCUCCACAACUCAGUGACGGAGAAGCAAAGCAAUGGCCAGCCGCAAGUACACGUACCCGGCGUGUCGGAGAGACGAACAGGUGGUGGAGACAUUGUUCGAGACUCCGGUGGCUGACCCCUACCGCCACCUGGAGGACCCUGACGCCGAGGAGACGGCGACGUUUGUGGCGGAGCAGAACAAGGUAACGUCGGCGUAUCUGGAGCAGUGCGCAGGACGCGAGCGGCUGGUGGAGAAGAUGACGGCAGCGUACGACUACCCCAAGGCCGGCGUGCCCUUCCGCAAGGGCCCGGCCUACUACCGCCACCGCAACUCGGGCCUCCAGAACCAGUACGUCAUGUACAAGGCCGACGCGCUCGACACGCCCGCGAACGACUGGUCCGUCUUCCUCGACGUCAACACGCUCUCCGACGAUGGCACGGCCGCCCUCCGUGCAUCGGCCUUCUCGCAUGACGGCUCGCUCUUUGCUUACGGCAUCUCGCGCGGCGGCUCCGACUGGCAGACCGUGGCCUUCAAGGACGCUGCCACCGGCGCCGAGCUCGACGACUCGCUCGAGUGGGUCAAGUUCUCCGGCUACACCUUUACCCACGACAACGCCGGCGUGUUCUACUCACGCUACGACGCGCCGGCUUCGCUGACUAGCGCCGCGGUCGCCUCUUCGGCCGACAACGCCGCCGGCACCGAGACUGACAAGCUCGAGUUCCAGAAGGUCUACUACCACGCCAUGGGCACGCCGCAGGCCGAUGACAAGCUCGUGUAUCACGACGCCACCGUCGCCGACCAGUUUUACGGCGUCAACCUCUCCGACGAUGGACUCACCGUCAUCCUCUCCAUCUCGUCCGGCUGCGACCCGGUGAACAAGGUGUACAUCGCCCCGCUUGCGGACGUCCUCGCCGCCCCAUCGGCCGCAGACAUUGCGUGGAACAAGCUUGUUGACAACUUUGAGGCCGGCUACGACUUUGUCGCCAACGACGGGCCGGUCUUUUACUUUAAGACCAACCUCGACGCGCCACGCUACCGGGUCGUCUCGCUCGACACCUCGGUGGCCAUUCCCGAGCCGGCCACCACGCCGCGGGACGCGUUCACCGAGCUCGUCCCGCAGUCGACUACUGGUGACGUGCUCCAGUUUGCUAUGGCUGUCGGCGCUGACAAGCUCGUCGUCUCGUGGAUGCGCGACGUCAAGGAGAUCCUGGAGAUUUUCGAGCUUGCGUCGGGCACCCGCAUCGCCGACGUCCCACUGCCGGGCGUCGGGACCGUGGCGUCGGUCUCGGGCGCGCGCCAGUACGAGACCUUUACCUUUAAGUUUGUCUCGUUCCUCUACCCGGGCUCGUCGUUCGAGUACAGCCUUUCUUCCGGUGAGGCCCGCCUCAUCGACUCGACCGAGGUGCCUGGCUUUGACCUCGACGCGUACACCGCCACCCAGGAGUUCUACUACUCCAAGGACGGGACUCGCAUUCCCAUGUUUGUCAUUGCACCCAAGGACCUUGUCCGCGAUGGCUCGGCGCCCGCCCUCCUCUACGGCUACGGCGGCUUCAACAUCUCGCUCACGCCCUACUUUUCUGUCUUCCGCCUCAUCUUUGUCUCUGAGUUCAAGGGCGUCCUCGCCAUCGCCAACAUCCGCGGCGGUGGCGAGUACGGCGAGGAGUGGCACAAGGCCGGCUCGCUUGGCAACAAGCGCAACUGUUUCGACGACUUUGCCGCCGCUGCCACCCACCUCUUUGACGCAGGCUACACCUCGGCCCCACGCCUCGCUAUCAACGGUGGCUCCAACGGCGGCCUCCUCGUCGCCGCGUGCUUCAACCAGUUCCCGCACCUCUUUGGCGCCGCCGUCGCUGACGUCGGCGUCCUCGACAUGCUCCGCUUCCACAAGUUCUCCGUCGGCUCGGCGUGGUGCUCCGACUACGGCAACGCCGAGGCCACCGAGCGCGAGUUCCGCGUCCUCCACGCGUACUCGCCACUCCACAACGUGCGUGCCCCGGCCUCUGGCUACGUCCCGGCCCUCCUUCUCACCACAGGCGAUCACGACGACCGCGUCGUCCCGCUUCACUCGCUCAAGUUUAUCGCACAGGUCCAGCACACCCUCGGCCACCUCGACGCCCCGCUCAUGAUCCGCGUCGAGGUGAAGGCUGGCCAUGGUGCCGGCAAGCCGACCUCCAAGAUCAUCGAGGAGGCCGCCGACAAGUACGCCUUUAUGGCGCUUGCUCUUGACGUCGAGCUCUGAACAUGGUCCGGAGUUUGGGACGUGCAGCGUGUUGUUGUCCAUAAAGUGAGUCGGCCUGGGA